AUGAGUACACAGUACUAUGAGGGAAAUAUUCAUUCGUUAUCCUUCCCUCAUGCAGAAAGGGUUUCUUCACAAGCCAAUUAUAUUGAUCAAGUACCCGAAGUAACCAUCACAAAAAUUGUACUUUCAGUGCUUGCUUUUCUAGGGUUUCUUGGGUACUUGUUUGUGGGUGUCCUAUACAUGUCUGAGACCUACUGUCCAAAAUCAAAAUCCCUUCAAGUGAUUUUGCAUUCUUUGACAACAUCAAAUUUCCACGCCAAAUCCACACAUCCAUUGAACACCACCAAAUGGGAAGCCACCCUCACCAUACAAAACUAUCACAAGAGCAAGCUCAGGAUCCUCGUGUCGGACCUCGAAACCCUCCUUCAUUACAAAAACUACGGAUUUUCAUGCUCCUCGGGGUUGAGAAAACCGAUGGAGAUUGGAAGCCUGAAGCAGAGGACGGUGAAGCUGAACAUUAGCCACUCAGCAUGUGCUGAGAAGCCCUAUUUGGUACCAGAGCUAAAUGAAAAGGCAAUUAGGGAAAGGAGGAGAAGGCGUUUGAGGUUGAGCUUGGAAAUGAAGAUGGUGAUUUCAUCUGCCAUGAUUCAAUCAGCUUUUGGAGGAAGAUUUACCAUCGUUGAUUAUAGAAGUUUAGAUGUGUUAGACGUUGAAUUUUUUCAUGGAGGAAAGGGUAGAUUGGUUCAUCGUGAUGUAAAGCUGCGGAUGAAUUCCACUUUGUCAACUAAUGAUAAUUAUUAG